AUGGCUGACGAGAAAAACACAAACAUGGGAGUGGACAGAGGAGAGAGGAAACCGUGUUCGAGCCGAGCCGAGCCGCCCGGAGAAGAAGCUCCUCGGCGGACAGAGCCCCGGGGCAACAUGGCGGGGGAGAGCCGCGCCACGGCGGAGUACUGCGAGCAGCUGCAGGCCUGGAUGUGGCAGUACUACACCGGCUAUGUGACCUGGCAGAGCUGGCUGGCAGCGUCAGCCAUGUCCUACCCGCAGUAUUUACACUCAUCCGGCGGGACAGCGGCGUCCUCCGUCGAUUUCAUGUCCCCGCACUGGUACAACAGUCCGUUCGCUCUCCCGCUGUCUCCUCACCCAGCGACCGGGACCUCGCCGAGUGGAGGCCGGGCAGGGGAGGCUGCAGGCCGGGCAGCAGCAGCCGGGCAACCGCUGCAGCAGCCGCAGGAGAACGGAAACCCACCGAGACCAGGUCGAGAGUUUAACAUUCCUUCGCCGCUUCAGAGACUCCUGGCUGAGAUGGUGGAUUUCUUCAUUUUGUUUUUCAUCAAAGCAACCAUCAUCAUUAGUAUUAUGCACCUCAGUGGAAUCACGGAUGUUUCCAAGUUUGCAAUGCAUUUCAUCGUGGAAGAAAUAGAUGAGGACACGUCGAUGGAGGAGCUCCAGAAAAUGAUGCUUGUGGCACUUGUGUACCGGAUAUUAGUGUGUCUCUAUGAGGUCGUGUGUAUCUGGGGAGCAGGAGGAGCCACUCCAGGGAAGUUUCUCGUUGGACUCCGGGUCGUUACAUGUGACUCAUCAGUUCUGGUUCAGCCUAACAGGGUGCACGUAGUGCCAGCAACUAACGUCUCUCUGUCUGCAUCAACCGUCAGAGCCUUGAACAAGAACUUUUCUAUCGCCUUCUUUUUCCCGGCCUUCAUCACACUUCUGUUCUUUCAGCACAACCGGACUGUGUAUGAUAUGGUAGCUGGUACAAUAGUUGUCAAGCGCUCCAGGGCCAGAUGACGCUGAAGAGCCGCCCACAGAAGAACGGUACAGUGAUGCUGAGCAGGCACUGUGUGAUGAUGGUCUUUGAGAAAAGCCAGCAGAACUCCUCAGACGCUGCACUGUCCAGGUCUGACCACGCAGCAGCAAUCGAGAAGCUGGCAGAGAGAUUGAUGCUCAUCAAUAUGAACUAUUUUACUUUCCUACAACUUUGGUUUGUCUCUGACACACACUGUAUUUAUGUCUACAUGCCACUUUCAGAAUUUGUUCCUGUGCCAAAGUUUGUCUCCACCGAAGACAAGAAUACGCUUUUCAAUAACACAAGAUUUGCCUCUUUUUACAAGCUCUUGCAAACUGAGGGUGAAUGUCUUGUAUCGCACAGUAUUUAAGUUAAUAAUAGUGCAAACGUGAGAUUAUUCCUGCAGUAUAACUUUGCAUUGAAAACUGACACAAGAGUUGUGUAGUCAGACUUUUGGAGUUGAUGCAUUGUGCUCAGCUGCUGUAAAACUCUGGUUUAAAGGGACAUUUAAAUUAAUUGAAAGGAAAACCUGAGCACAAGUACUUUUCACACGCAUGUGUGCGACUGAAAGAAAAAUAUGUAUUAUAUAUUUUAUGUGAUUAACCCCUUUUUUUUGUUUUGCAUUUAACAAGAUUAAAUGAAACCACCACUAAUUAUUACCUGCAUGAUGAGAUGUCUUUCAGCUGUUUGUUGGCAGUUUGAUAAUUCUUCUGUUUUGAUACUAAUUCAGAGGCCACAGUGUGUUUUCUGAACUAAAAAUGCAUUGACUCAUUAAUGUUACAAUACUGUUUGCUUAAUGUAAUGAGGGCAUUCUGGCAUCAAAAAGUAUUCAGACUCCUGCACCUUUUGCACACUUUGUACACUUUCAGUCCGAGGAG